AUGUCCACUGGUGUUCCCAUCAAGCUUCUAAAUGAGGCACAAGGCCACGUUGUGUCCCUAGAAUUAACUAAUGGAGAUACGUAUAGAGGCAAGUUGCAGGAGUCCGAGGACAACAUGAACUUGUCGCUUGAUGAUGUUACCAUCACGAAAGGCAAAACCGGUGAAACUUCCUUCAAGGGAAAUGUAUUCGUCAGGGGCUCGAUGAUACGAUUUGUCAGUGUCCCAGAUAUCCUACAAUAUGCUCCAAUGUUUUUCAUGAAGCCUAGCGAAAAGCCCAAGCCUCCAGUUAGAGGACCACCGCCAAAAAGGACCAAACAUUAG